GUUAUGUUUCGAGCGUACAACAAAUGUGAAUUCGAAAACUUUAAAAUGCUGUGAACAUUGAAUAAGAUGAACAAUAUGUCAGAAAAUCAUUUUAUAGUAAGCUAGAUGAAGUAUCAAGUCAAACUUAUUUACUUCAAGCAAUACGAGCAGUCAUGAGCGAAGAAAAGAGUGUAGAAGAGUACAGGUUGAAUGCUGAUGAAGAGCUUAGGUUUGAAGUUGAGGCCAAUGCCUCAGUCCAAAUGGAGCUUCUGGAAGGAAUGGCAGAGGUUUUUGGAUCAGAACUGACGAAAGGAAAAAUCUACAACUUUGACCAGGGAGCCAAAGUAGCAGUCUUCACCUGGCAUGGCUGUCUCAUUAAGUUGCAAGGAAGAACAGAGGUAGCUUAUGUUGCCAAGGAAACUCCCAUGGUAAUGUAUAUAAAUACCCAUGCUGCACUAGAACAAAUGAGAGAAAAGGCUGAAAGUGACAAUACCCGAGGACCAAGGGUGAUGAUUGUCGGACCCACUGAUGUCGGAAAGAGCACUCUGUCUCGCCUACUACUGAACUACGCAGCCCGCCUCGGAAGGGCACCCAUAUUUGUUGACCUAGAUGUUGGACAGGGUCAGGUAUCUAUACCUGGGACGGUGGGGGCCGUCGUGGUUGAGCGACCCGCUGAUGUAGAGGAAGGGUUCCACCUGAACGCUCCGCUGGUCUUCCACUACGGUCACACAUCCCCCUCCACCAAUCCCCAGCUUUAUAAACUCCUGGUGUCCAGGAUGGCCGAAGUCACCAAUAUGAAGUGUGACAAACAGCGUAAAUUUAGUAUCAGUGGAGUGGUCAUUAACACAGGGGGAUGGAUACAGGCAUUUUCAUAUAUAAUCCUAAAACAUGCAGCAGGGUCUUUGCAUGAAGUGGAUGUGAUUAUUGUCCUGGACCAGGAAAGGUUGUAUAAUGAACUGAAGCGUGACAUGCCUGACUUUGUCAAGGUCAUACUACUGCCCAAAUCAGGAGGGGUCGUUGAGAGAAAUCAACAUCAGCGGUCAGAGGCCCGAGACGUCAGGAUCCGGGAAUAUUUCUACGGGGUCAAGGUCAAUGGCAAGGACAGCUUCUUCCCCCACCCCAUGGACAUUCCCUUCAGCUCUGUCAAGCUGUAUAAAAUUGGAGCCCCUGCCCUGCCAGAUGCCUGUCUACCUCUGGGAAUGAAGGCACAGGACAACAAGCUUAAAUUAGUGCCAAUCAGACCAGGAAUAAAUAUUCUACACCAUGUGUUCAGUGUAAGCUCAGCAUCCAGUAUAGAGGAUAAUGUGAUCGAGUCCAAUACCUUAGGCCAUGUUGUCAUAUCAGGGUUAGACACGGAAAAAGAAACCUUCAACAUUCUUUCCCCCAACCAGAAUCCUCUACCAAACGACAUCCUGCUGAUAUUAGACUUACAAUUUAUGGACAUUGAAAUCUAGACUAAUGCUAAGAAUGUUUUUAUAGAAAAGUGUUUUAUUCGGCACAUGAUUGGAAGGACAUUUUAAGCUUUUUAAGUUAGAUGAUUUUCUUUUGACAACAUGUGAAAAUGCUACUACUGUGAUAUCCUUUGGAGGAAAAUCCAUGGAGGAAAAUCAAGAAGAAGAAGUGAAAAGAAAUGAAAAGAGUUUAUUAAUAAGGAUAAUAGGAUGAAAAGAGGACCAUUUGAUUUAACCCAUGAGUGUAUCUGUAGUGAAAAAAAGGUUAAGAAAUUGAAGCGAUCAAGAAUCUGCAUGACUAGUGAUUCAUAAAAUGUUAAUGGAUAAAAUAUCUGCAGUGAACAGGUUUUUAACAAAGCAAAUGUCUGCUGUCACAUUUAUGCAUUUUUGUCCACUGCCAAUACAAUUUAUUAAAGUAAAAAUUCACUGAA